AUGUAUUUAGAAAGACUUGGUGUAGAGCUGGUAGAGGGUAGUCAUCAGGCAUUAAUUGCUCAUCUGGUACUUCAGCCGACUUUGCUGAAGAAAAUUAAGAUUGCGCAGAUGCAAGACGCAGAAUUAGUAAAGAUCAGAGAUAGAGUGCAGAGUGGACAAGGAGCUGACUUUAAUAUUUCAGAUGACAGAGCUCUGAGGUUUCGUAGUAGGUUGUGUGUACCUGAUGAUGCUGGAAUUAAAAAGACGAUUUUGGAAGAGGCGCACCGUUCCCUGAUGGAUCCGGGAAACAAUAACACGAAUGCAGGAGGUGGUGAAGUAGGACCUUCCAGUAUGGGUGGUGCAGACCCUGACGCGGUAUUGCAUAGCGUCACUCAGCAGGACAAGUGGAGGCCCAGUUCCGGCGGCUUUCCGGCAAUGAUGAAAGUUCAGGUACCGAGUCCGGCCAUGGUUCUCAAGCACGCUGCGGCCACCGCGGCUGCUGCCACCGCCACCGCCACCACCACCACCUCCAUCCCUUCCGACGAGAUCCCCAUCAUCACCUGUCACCACCUCCACGGAUCCCACCCGUUCGGGCUCGGCAUCUUCCGUGGGGAAAGCCCGCUCCGAUUCACCUUUCCUCUCUUCCUCUUCGAGCUCUUCCUCGUCAUCAUCAUCAUCCACAUCGUUCGCUUUCUCCUCAAACCGCUUAAGCAACCUCGUAUCGUCGCCGAAGCCAUUGGAGGCAUCAUAAUCGGGCCUUCCGUUCUCGGCCGGAACAAGAAGUUCGCGGCGCACGUGUUCCCGGAAAACGCCCAAUUUGUGAUAAGGAACGUCGGAGUGAUGGCGUUCUGCUACUUCCUCUUCAUCUCCGGCGUAAAAAUGGACCUCGGUGUGGUAAAACACUCCGGCAAAAGGCAACUCUUCACGGCGACGAUUGGCGUCGCGGUUCCGUUGACGGCUGCGGUGGUGGCCUCGGUGAUCCUCUGGAACUCGUUCGACAAGGACCUGAGAAGGAUUACCUCCGUGGGAGCGGUGACGUCGUCGCUGGCGAUCACGGAGUUUCCGGUGCUGUACCCGGUGCUGAAGGAGCUGAACCUGCUGAGCUCCGAGAUCGGGCGGGAAGCAAUGUCGACGGCCAUCAUCAGCGACAUCAUCGGACUGAACGCCAUUGUGGCGUUCGAGGCGGCGAAGCAGGGGGAGGAUAAAGGGAUCCGAUCCCUCUGGUUCAUAAUCUCCAUGGUGAUCCUCAGUAUCACCGUCCUCGUCGGCGCUCGAAAGCUCAUGAUCAUGAUCCUCCGCCGCACGCCCGAAGGGAAGCCGAUCGAUCAGAUGUACGUGACUGGCAUUUUGCUUGCAGUACUGGCGAUUGGGUUUUUGACGGACUUUUUCGGGAUAGCCAUAGGGAACGGGCCGCUAUGGUUGGGCCUGGCGAUACCGGACGGCCCACCAAUAGGAGCCACUGUGGUGGAGAGGUGCGAGGCCUUCCUAACGGAGUUUCUAUUGCCGCUGGGGUUUGCGACGGUGGGCUUGACCACGGACCUGUCCACGAUGAGCGAGGCCUGGCCCACUCUGCUUCCUCUGUUUGUGGUGUGCAUUGUUGGCUACGUCACCAAAUUUGCUGCCGUCCUGCUAUCCUCUCUCUACUUUGAAAUGCCACUCAAAGAUAGCAUCACCCUCGGCCUCAUCUUGAGCAUAAGAGGCACAGUGGAGUUCAUCCUGUUCCUCCAUUGGAUGGACAAACAGAUAAUAGGAGUGCCGUCUUUCUCACUAUUGGUGCUACUAUCAACAACGAUGACUGCGAUAGCCACUCCCCUCAUCAGCAUCAUCUACAACCCUACGAGGCCUUACAUGGUGAACAAGAAGAGAACCAUCCAACACACUCCUCCGGACACUGAGCUCCGCGUCGUCACCUGCAUCCACGACCCAGAGAGCGUCGCCGGCAUCAUCAACCUCCUCCAUGUCUCGAAUCCAACCCUAAAUACCCCCUUCUCUGUCUACGCCCUCCGCCUCAUCGAACUCGUCGGUCGAGCCUCCCCGAUCUUCAUCGACCAUGACCACAACGAACAUUGCUCCGAGCACACCGGGGACAACGCCAUCCACAAUGCCCUCAAACAGUACCAAGAAACUGUAGGCGACGACGUCAUCAAGAUCCACUCCUUCACGGCGGUGGCCGCCCAGAGGUCCAUGUACCAGGACAUCUGCGAGCUCGCGCUCCGAAACAAAGUCACUCUCAUCAUACUCCCCUUUCACAAGGAUUGCUUGGACCCGCUCGCCGGCGGCACCGAGCUGGUGCGGAAGGGGGUGCAAUUGGUGAACUUGCACGUUCUAGCCCAUGCACCGUGCUCGGUCGGGCUACUAGUCGACAAAGGUUCCUUCCGCAACCCCAUCAUCAGUCGGUCCAUGCGUUACUCGUCCUACAACUUCGUAGUGUUGUUUCUAGGAGGCGCCGACGCUCGAGAAGCCCUAGCAUACGCCGACCGGAUGGCCGGGAGCCCUGACGUGUUGGUGACGGUGGUUCGGUUCCUCUCGCACAACUGCGAGGGGGACGACGAGAUGGAGAAGAAGCUGGACGACGGGGUGGUGACAUGGUUCUGGGUGAAGAAUGAAAGGAAUGAUCGGGUUGUGUACAAGGAGGUGGUAGUGAGGAACGGGGCGGAGACGGUGGCGGCAAUUCGAGCGAUGAGCGACGGACAUGGGUACGAUAUGUGGAUCGUGGGGAGGAAGCAAGGGAUAAACCCGGUGUUUCUGGAGGGAUUGUCGAACUGGAGUGAGAAUUUGGAGCUGGGGGUGGUCGGAGAUUUUGUAGCAUCUGUGGAUUUUGGGAGUGGAGGGUCUGUGCUGGUGGUGCAACAGCAGAUCUUGAGAGAGCAAGGGACCAGAGGCUUCCAGGAGUCGAAGCGGCAGCUGGUCAUUGCACCGUUAUUGGCUAUUCCAUCGGGGGAAGAUGGUUUUGUGAUAUACAGUGAUGCGUCCCAGAAGGGACUCAAGUGCAUGUUGAUGCUGCACGGGAGAGUCAUUGCCUACGCAUCUAGACAGCUUAAAGAGUAUGAAAAGAUUGAAUAUUUAUUUACUCGUAUUUUGAUGUACAAAAGCAUAGAUGUGUAUGAUACAUAG